AUGCAAAUUGUUGCAAGAUUGACUGCAGAAAGAGAUGGUGAAAUUAGAAAAGCUGCUUUGAAUACUCUUGCCACUGGAUAUAAGAUUCUUGGUGAGGAUAUAUGGAGGUAUGUUCGGAAGCUAACAGAUGCUCAGAAAAGCAUGCUGGAUGAUAGGUUUAAAUGGAAGGUUCGAGAGAUGGAAAAAAGGAAGGAAGGGAAGCCUGGUGAAGCCAGAGCUGCUUUGAGACGUUCUGUGAGGGAAAUUGGAUUGGAUGUAGCAGAGCAAAGUGGAGAGGUUACACGAUCUGUCUCUGGCCCAGUACUUCCAAGAAAAACUAUGGGAAUGCUGACAUACAUGUGGAGAGACAACUUAUGCCCUGUGUUCUUGCUGGUACCAAUGGCCCCACUGAUUGGAAUGAAGCUUUGGAUAUUAUUUCUUUUGGUUCUCCUGAGCAGUCUGUUGAAGGAAUGAAAGUCGUGUGUCAUGAGCUGACACAAGCCACUAAUGAUCCAGAAGGCAGUGCAAUGGAUGAACUUAUUAAAGAUGCAGACAGACUUAUUUCAUGCCUUGCAAACAAGGUAGCGCUUUACUUUGUCCUUCCUUGUACUUUAGUUUUUGUUUCUGGGUUUUGUUUUUGUUUU